GGGAGAGAGGGAAUAUGAGGGCAGUACUCAAGAUGAGCCUGCGCUUUGAGGCUGUAAAACACUAGACCCUGAGGGCAUUCUCUGAGCUCUGCCUCUUCAGGAAAACCGACCGUGCAAGAGAAAAGAAAAGUGAGCUGGUAUCUGCUGUAGUUGUAGAGGUUCGAUGCUUUGGGCGUCCAGCUGAGAUGCCGCGACGCUGACGGUCCUGCCCCGUCUGUCGAACCGGACCAAUGAUGAUAAUGAAGUUGAAGAUGAUGAUGAUGAUGAUGUCCACACGGCGCGUUUAGCGCUAAAUCACCACUACCGGACUCUUACGAGACACUCCACUCUGAUCCGCGCUCAUUCAAACUUCAGAUGGACUACCUUCACUCUGCACUGACCAGUAAAAUGCAUUGGAUCACACUCCUGCUGGCCGGCUUGACUUUUUGGGGCAAAGUGUCCGUGCACAGCUGCUUAGAUUAUGAUGACACUUACGAUUAUUAUGAAGAGGAGAAAACAGAAACGAUAGACUACAAGGAUCCCUGCAAAGCUGCUGUAUUUUGGGGAGAUAUUGCCUUGGAUGAAGAGGACUUGAAAAUGUUUCAGAUCGAUGGGACGAUAGAGCUUUCACAGCAGUCACACGGGAGACAAGGACACACGUCGGGUGGUCUAGGAGAGCAUAAUCCCAGUAAGAAGAGAGGUUCGUUAUAUCUGUUGCUGGACAGAAUACGACGGUUAGGUUUUGAGUCGUGGCCGGUGAACAGCAGUAAAGAUGUGUCAAGCUCCAAAGCUGGAGGGAGGAAUGUAAACAGCGGUAGAGGUGUGAAGUCUCGAGUGCCACGUGCUGCCACAUCCCGAGCUGAGAAGAUCUGGCCCGGAGGGGUCAUCCCUUACGUCAUAGGAGGCAACUUCACCGGAAGUCAGAGGGCCAUGCUAAAACAAGCAAUGAGACAUUGGGAGAAACAGACGUGUGUGACCUUCAUCGAGAAAACGGAUGAGGAGAGCUACAUCGUCUUCACCUACAGACCCUGCGGGUGUUGCUCUUAUGUCGGACGUCGUGGCAAUGGUCCCCAGGCGAUAUCCAUUGGGAAGAACUGUGACAAGUUUGGCAUUGUUGUUCACGAACUUGGACACGUAAUUGGCUUUUGGCACGAGCACACACGACCUGACCGUGACGAUCAUGUGACCAUCAUUCGAGACAACAUCCAACCAGGUCAGGAGUAUAACUUCAUUAAGAUGGAACCAGGGGAUGUCAACUCUCUUGGUGAGCCGUAUGAUUUCGACAGCAUCAUGCAUUAUGCCAGAAACACUUUCUCCAGAGGAAUGUUUUUGGACACGAUUCUUCCCUCUCGUGAUGAAAAUGGCGUCAGGCCUGCUAUCGGUCAGAGAACUAGACUCAGCAAAGGAGAUAUAUCCCAGGCCAAGAAGUUAUACAGAUGUCCAGCAUGUGGUGAAACAUUACAGGACUCGGUGGGGAAUUUCUCAUCUCCAGGAUAUCCUAAUGGAUACCCAUCAUAUACACACUGUGUGUGGAGGAUCUCCGUCACACCUGGGGAGAAGAUAGUGUUGAACUUCACCACUAUGGACCUCUACAAGAGCAGCCUGUGCUGGUAUGACUACAUUGAAGUUCGUGACGGAUACUGGAGGAAGGCGCCAUUGCUGGGUCGAUUUUGUGGUGAUAAAAUUCCAGAAGUGUUGGUCUCUACAGACAGUCGGAUGUGGAUUGAAUUCCGCAGUAGCAGCAACUGGGUUGGAAAGGGAUUUGCAGCAGUCUAUGAAGCAAUAUGUGGAGGGGAGAUCAGUAAAGACUCUGGACAGAUUCAGUCUCCAAACUAUCCAGACGACUACCGUCCAUCUAAGGAAUGUGUGUGGAGGAUCACAGUGUCUGAGGGCUACAGUGUGGGCUUGAGCUUUCAGGUCUUUGAGAUCGAGAGGCAUGACAGCUGUGCAUAUGACUACCUAGAAGUCAGAGAUGGACUGUCUGAGAACAGCCCUCUGAUUGGUCGAUUCUGCGGCUAUGAUAAACCUGAAGACAUCCGUUCCACCUCCAACACCCUCUGGAUGAAAUUUGUCUCUGAUGGGACGGUGAAUAAAGCAGGCUUUGCUGCAAACUUCUUCAAAGAGGAAGACGAGUGUCUGAAGCCAGAUAAUGGAGGCUGUGAACAGAGAUGUGUUAACACAUUAGGAAGCUUCAAAUGCGCCUGUGAUCCUGGAUACGAACUGGCCCCAGACAAGAAGAGCUGUGAAGCUGCAUGUGGUGGUUUGCUGACUAAGUUGAAUGGCACAAUUACAACCCCAGGCUGGCCUAAGGAAUAUCCUCCUAAUAAGAACUGUGUGUGGCAAGUGGUGGCUCCCACUCAGUACCGCAUAUCCAUGCAGUUUGAAACCUUUGAACUAGAGGGAAAUGAGGUGUGCAAGUAUGACUAUGUUGAAGUGCGGAGCGGCUUGUCAUCAGACUCAAAGCUUCAUGGGAAAUACUGCGGUACGGAGGUUCCCGAGGUCAUCACCUCCCAGUACAACAACAUGCGAAUCGAGUUCAAAUCCGACAACACGGUCUCCAAAAAAGGCUUCAAAGCUCAUUUCUUCUCCGAUAAAGAUGAAUGUUCAAAGGAUAACGGUGGAUGCCAGCAUGAGUGUAUCAACACUAUUGGCAGCUAUGUGUGCCAGUGCCGCAACGGCUUUAUUCUGCAUGAGAACAAACACGACUGCAAAGAAGCUGAGUGUGAGCACAAGAUUCACAGCACAAGUGGAACCAUCAGCAGUCCCAACUGGCCUGACAAAUACCCCAGCAGGAAGGAGUGCACGUGGGACAUCACCGCCACCCCUGGCCACCGGGUCAAGAUUUCUUUCAAUGAGUUUGAAAUUGAGCAGCACCAAGAAUGUGCAUAUGAUCACCUGGAGGCCUUUGACGGCGACUCGGACAAAACGCCUAUCCUGAGCCGUCUAUGUGGCAGUAAGAUUCCAGAACCGCUCAUUUCCACAGGCAACAAGAUGUACCUGCGCUUCAUCUCCGACGCCUCAGUGCAAAGGAAAGGCUUUCAGGCCACUCAUUCCACCGAAUGUGGUGGUAGGCUGAAAGCAGAAGCGCGGCAGAAGAACCUGUAUUCUCAUGCUCAGUUUGGGGAUAAUAACUACCCCGGCCACACCGACUGCGAGUGGCUCAUAACGGCAGAGUCGGGUUACGGCAUCGAGCUCACCUUCACCACCUUUGAGGUAGAGGAGGAGGCCGACUGCGGGUACGACUACAUCGAACUUUACGAUGGCUAUGACACCGGAGCGCACAAACUCGGACGCUUUUGUGGAUCUGGGCCUCGUGAGGAGCUUUACUCUGCUGGCGAAUCUGUGUUGAUUCAUUUCCACUCCGAUGACACAAUCAGUAAGAAAGGCUUCCAUAUCCGCUACACUAGCACAAAGUUUCAGGAGGCGCUACACACACGCAAGUAACAUCUCCCCCCGAGAGACUCCAGAGAGACUAAAUACAGGGAUGAAAUGUUUCAACAAGGAGAAACAGACUCCUGAAAACUAUUGAGAUUGAUUCAUGUCAAUCAGAAACCCUGCCGUGAUGUGUUUCCUGCAUUGCAUUUGCCUCUUUAUGUUCAGCCACUAUGGAAGUGCUGUCAUAUUGACCCUAAACACUAAUCAGCUGCUCUUAUGUGUGGGAUAGCUCCGCCCACUGGAGUGGUAUCCUGCGUUCUCUGACUGGACCGGUGUAGUAAAUCAACCCCUGGAAAAAAAAAAAAAAACACACACACACACACACACACACACUCAUACCCAAAAACUUUUUGUUGGCUCUCCAUUCAGAUAAGCCAGUUAUAUAUAGAGUUGCACACUGAAACUAAGAGACGAUGACAAUAAGACAAGGACCUGCUAUUGUGUGUGUGCUCAUAUUGCUCUGGAUAGCAUGGACAGUUUAGCUGCUGAUGCCACACCACACUGUACCUCAACUAAAAUAUGUGUGUAUGUGGAUGUGUGUGUUUGAGAGAGAGAGGCCUUCAAAUACCAGCCUGAACUCAUUCAGAUGUUUUUAAAAUGAUGUGGUUGUAAUUUUACAAUUAUUCUGUUAGCUUUAUGGCAAAACCCAUUCUCAGAAGUGCGAAAGUAAAUAUGUAGCCCUAUUUAACAAUAAGCUUCCUUACAUACAUGUAGCCCAUUGUUUACGCUGUGACGAACAGAAUUUGAUGCAAGUGGUUAGAAUUACAAAGCUGUUUUAAGGCAGUGGGUCUUAUUCACAAAGCGUGCGUGACGUCUGCAACCAUUUUCGCAAGCAAAUCAUGAUUCACCUUUCACUCUAAAUGUAUUCUAUAAAAACCACAUGCUCUGGGUGGCCUUAUAAUCAUGUUAGGGUGAAAUGUUAUACAUAGAUGUUUAAUCUUAAAGGAAACCCUGGGUAUUAAGACUUAUAUGGCUUAAUAUAACAGAAAUUAUGUCUCUUACUAAAGUAUGUAGUAGAAAACCUGUGAAAGAUUUAUGUUUGGACUAUGGGGGGGCGGCAUUAUUUCGAUGACGUGAAAUUGUUGCACUCGCUGAGCUACUGGUACUGCCUGUUGCUAUAUUUACCACAAUACAACUCGGAAAAUACAAUACUGAUAUGACAGCUACCAGAAAGAGCAAACAGGUGGCAAUGGAUAUAAACGCAGGCUUGAACCAAAUGCCGUACCAUUGAUUUUUCACCAUGAGGAGUCACCCUGGAUAUUGAGUGAAAUCCAUGCUGAGAAACUCCUUCAGUGGCUGCGGCGUCAUGACAAGCGUCGGCAUGUUUACAUCCUGCCAGGAUGGCAUCUAGCGUUUCUUGUCUCUGCCAUUUGUAAGCUCUUUCAGUAGCUAUGGUCUGCUAAAAUCCACAAAGGCAUCAGGGCUAAAGUGGAGAGAACAAAGACACAAGUCUUUAGUAAGUUUUACCCAUCCAAAGGCAUCUUCCCAUUCUUUUCUCCUCUUCUUAUCAACAGGAAAGCAGUGAAGAUUUAGGCCCUGUUUACACUAGUGCGUUUUUACCCAAUCUUUGUCUACACUGGCAUUUUCACUGCAGUCCAGAAACGAUCUCUGUCCACACUACACAACCGAAAACACAUUUGUCACAUGAUCAUUUAUAAUGAGCAUGUCAUUGUUUAUUCGUAAAAGACAUACAAUGCAAAUUUGGGCAGCAACUCCAUCGUUUUCAAAAGUCUCCGUUUUGGUCCGUUUACACUGAAACACAACCCUUGAGUUUUCAAACCAAAACAGGGUCUGUAGUGUUUUUUUAAGUCUCCGUUUUCAAGGGUUGAAAACAUCAGAGUAGUGUAAACGUCAGGCGUAACUGUACCAAAAGUUAUGCAUUUUUAAUAGGGAUGGGCGAUAUCUUAUCGUUUGCGAUAUACCAGUAAAAAUUUUCUCCACAAUAAGAAUUAGUCUUCCCAUGAUAAUAACGAUAAAGUCUAGUUGUUGGCAUAUUUCUGUGUGUGACAGUGCGACAUGCUAAAGGCGGACGUGAAACUAGUAUAUCGCUAAAUGAGGAGCUCCAAUCUGGAACUGGUUUGGUUAAAAAUCGAUAUGAGCCUUGAAUAAUGUUAACUGUACUAGUAGCAAGUGUUGACAAAGCAUUAUUGACAUGCUUUUUCUCCAGAUUAACUUCAUAACAUAGUUAAGUGUUUGAAAUGACGCGAAUUUUGCGAUCAGACGUGGCGUCAUAUCACAGAAUGAGGCAGAAAUCGUACUAUUCUAUAGUAUUAUAAAGGCUAUGCAUUGCAUUAUAUACUUGAUCCUUAUUAAAAUACCCAAGAUUGCUUGAAGAACACAGACAAAACCAUAUAUUGUAUCAAUCGUAUGUUUAUUGUCUUUAAGUUUCCUCAGUAAAAAUUCCUCUAUCUGCAUUUUAUUCAGCUACAGCGACAACUGAGUGACUUCCGAAUCAGAAAGAGCUUUAUUGCCAAGUGUGUUUCAAACACAAGGAAUUUGUCAAAUUUAGGAGCUUCCAGUACAGAAAGUACAAACAAUUUAAUUCACAAUCCAGUGAAUUAAACAGUGUACUCAGUAAUGCUCACAACACCCUAUUUUGGGUAAAAAUAGGAAAGAUAAUACUUUUCUUUAAAGAAACAGGAUUUUCCUGAAUUAUCGUCAUUGAUAUCGCUAUCGCAGUAAAUAUUAGAAAUUAUUGUGAUACAUUUUUAAGCCCAUAUCGCCCAUCGCUAGUUUUUAAAACGCAAAUCGCACUAAUGUAAAUGUAGCCUUACAUAAUUUCUCUUGUUGCCCUUUGACUGACAAUUACAACCAAAAGCUGUGCAAUGUGGCAUUCUUUCAGUAUUUUAUUUUCCAAAAAAAGUAGCAGCGGUAGCUCACAGUGCAACCAUUUCACGCCAUCAAAAUAAUGGCGCCCCCUAUAGUUCAAAAUAUGUAUAAAACAAUGUGGAUUUUUGAAAGAUGCAAAUCUUUCAUGGGUUUUCUACAACAUAUUUCAGUAAGAGACAACCUUUAUGUUAUAUUAAGCCAUACAAGUCUCAAACAUUUUUCAUCAUAUACCAUGAAAAGCAGCAUUAUAGCUCAAGCUGAGGGGUUUCUUUAUAUAACAAUACAGAUACAUGUAUGUAUAGCUGUGUCGAUUGUGUUUGAACUGGAUUUGAGAGUGCCAUUGCUCUAGGAUCUUUCGGCUGUGCAUGGAGAUGGAUUUGCUGUGUUUUAUGCAAAUAACCUUAUUUAAAAAUACUCAGUUAAGAGCAAUUCAAUUAUAGGUGAAUGAGACCCAGUGUCUUGUGCUUCAUUCGUGAGCAGGCCCACAAGGAAUCUGCACUGCAGUUACAUUUACUAUACAAAGUUUCUCGCCUUGUUUAUUCACACUUUGGAUUAUUUUAUAAUGCUUUCAGCCAUCAAUAAGAGUGUUCCACACAAUUUGUGAUCUUGGACUACAAAACCAGUCAUAAGGGUCAGUUUUUGGAAAUUGGGAUUUAUACAUCAACUGAAUAAAUAAGUCUGAGGGUGGAAAAAAAAUAUUAAGAAAAUCGCAUUUAAAGUCCAAAUGAAGUUCUUGGCGAUGCAUAUUACUAAUCAAAAAUUAGUUUUGCUAUAUUUACGUUAGGAAAUUUACAAAGUAUCUUCAUGGAACAUGAUCUUUACUGAUCUUUAAAGAAAAAUCAACAAUUUUGACACAUACAGUGUAUUUGUUGGCUAUUGCUACAAAUAUACCCAUGCUUAUGACUGGUUUUGUGGUCCAGGGUAACACUUUAUUUAGCAGAUUUCCAUACAUUUUUUUUUAAAUGUGAAAACAUCUGCAGAUUCCAUCUGGGCCUUCUUAAGAAUUGCAGAAAACGUAAAAUUGUUUGAAUUGUUUUGAAUUGUUUUUGUGUGUGUGUAUGAGAGAGAAAGCUGAUAGAAUAUUCUCUAAUUGUCUGUUGACGAAGCCAGUGGUUUACUCACUCUUCCAGUAACGCCUCCUGAAGAAGUGAACAAUGAACAUGAUGUGAACAGGAAAUGAUGUCAAAAAGCCUUGCAUAAGAUGUCUGUUACAGCUGUGACAACUGACUACAACCACCUUAACCCUGUGCGCUUUAUAUGCACUUAACACAGAAAGACUGUAUGGAACUGUGUGCUCUCCAAUCAUGGAAAUGAAGCCGUGAGCAGUACCAGUGAAGAUGAAAAAAACUCACAGAGCAAGGGAAUGUUCUCUGUUGCUGUAUUCCCAAUGACAAGUUUUCCCUGCUUGGAAAAAAAAAGACAAAGCCGCUGUUGAAGGGAAUUCCUACGGUGCUAUUCAGUGUCUCAAAAAAAAAAAAAGAAACGACAG